UUCAGGUAUGUAUAUGGGACGACCUACAGCUGGAUCCCGUGCUAGGGAACGUGAAAGGGAGAGAUCCCGUGGGGAUUACAGGGAUAGGGAUUACAGGAGAUCUCCCAGUCCUUACAGUAGAAGAAGGAGUCCAAGCCCAUACAGGUCUCGUAGAAGUUACAGAUCAAGAUCAAGAUCCUAUUCUCCAAGGCGUAGAGAGUAUUCACCGAGACGCAGAUCCUACACUCCCAGACGCUACUGAUCUACUGAUCCUUUAACAGUGAUCCUAAACUUCAAGACUGUUAAUCUAUACUGAUCCUUCACUCUUCAUUGAUUCUUCACUACAAGACUGUUAAAAUACACUGAUCCUACAGUUAAUCUUUAUUCUUCACUUUACCAGAACCGACAAUCGACAUUGAUCCUACUCCUCUAGACGUUACUUGCCACUUAUCCUUCACUCUAGACUAGUCCUACACGCUUAAACCCUUCUAAUAUACACUGAUCCUUCAUUCUACAGUGAUCCUAGACGCCCAGACGUUAUUGAUUUACUAUGAGCCUACACUCCGAGACGCUUUCUAUAUACACUGAUCCUUUGCUCUACGAUAAUCCUAUUCUCUUUCACUAUUAAUCUUCACAGAUCCUUUAGGCAAUAUUCAUACACUCACCUUGAGUUUUGUAGGAUGAUUUUAAAACCGAUUCUGUAAACAAGCGCAUAAAGGCUUAACUGAAAAAAAAUGUUCGUCCAAAUUUUUUUUUUCAAAAUGAGUUUUUUUUACUUUUCGUUGUAAGUAAAUAUCAUGAUAACUUGACCCCUCUACUUCAUUCUUUUUUUGUAAAUAAUUUCAAAAGUUUCAAGUUCAUGUUUAAUGUUUUAUCUUUAUUUUUCCAAAUUUG